ACAUUUCGCAAUCGAUAUGUCAUAAACGACAUGCAAUCUAACCUCUGUUGAAAAAGAAAAAAUCUAAAAAUAUUCUCGUCCGGCACGAUGUCUUCAAGUGGAAAGGAGUCAAGCUUCAAGAUACAGGAGCCAGGACGCAAAUUGAAACCAUCAGAAGUGGAUUUUAUGAAAUUGAUCGAAAAGGAGAACCUACAGCGAGUGCAAAAGUUGCAGAAUCUUCGACGUCGCAAUAAUUUGACGGGUCUGAUUCUCGGAGGCAGUGUUUUGAGCAUUUAUUUGUAUUCAAUGCUAUCAAUCAAACAGGAAAAGUUCCUGGAUGAUUUCAACGAACCAUUGAAAGUGUCAAACGAAUAAAGUUCUCAUUAUAUCCACACACAAACACAAAACAUUACAUAAUAAUUUGAACAAUUGAGUGAUUAUAAGUUUUUAAAUAAUAAUGGCAAGUUCUAGUGCAGCUCCGGUUGUUCGCAAAGCAGUUAGACUUCCUCCUUUACCAACCAUCAGAGACUUGAUUAAAUUGUAUCAAUUGCGCGCCAUCAAACAGUUGUCGCAGAACUUUCUAAUGGACGCACGUUUGACUGACAAAAUUGUUAAAGCUGCCGGGAACAUUACAGACCAUCAUGUGCUUGAAGUAGGACCAGGACCAGGAGGCAUCACACGGUCGAUUAUUAAACAAAUGCCAAAGCACGUGGUUGUCAUUGAGAAGGACCAUCGAUUUAUGCCGUCACUCGAACUUCUAUCAAAAGCUACAGUUGGCUUCACCAAAAUGGACAUUUACCAAGGCGAUAUACUAAAGUAUCCGAUUCAAUCAGCUUUUCCUGACUUGCCAGUCUACGAGUGGGAAGGAAAACCUGCCCCGGUUCAUCUGAUUGGAAAUUUGCCUUUCGCAAUUUCCACCAAAUUGCUGAUCGAUUGGCUUCGGGAUAUCAGUCUUCGGCAAGGUGCUUGGUCCUUUGGACGUGCUUCAAUGACAUUAACAUUUCAAAAGGAGGUAGCAGAGCGGAUUGUAGCUCCAAUAUCAUCCCCGCAGCGAUGUCGUCUCUCAAUUAUGUCACAGAUAUGGACAAAACCCAGCUUCAAAUUCACAAUACCCGGUACAGCUUUCGUUCCCAAGCCGAAUGUUGAUGUUAGCAUCGUCACAUUGGUUCCAUACAAAGAACCGCGUACCCAGCUACCAUUUGAUUUGGUGGAGAAAAUCUGCCGCUACAUCUUCAACAUGAGACAAAAGUUCUGUCGCCGUGGCGUGAGCAAUCUGUAUCCGGAAAAUUUACGGGACGAACUCACUGAAAGAACAUUCAAAAUGGCCGAAGUGGAUCCAGAGGCAAGAAGUUUCCAGCUAUCAGUCGAUGAAUGUCUACGCAUUGCAGCAGCAUACCAUGAAUUGCUGCAAAUUUAUCCACACAUUGAAUCGUAUAACUAUCGGGCGUGCAAGAAGACUUGUGCAGCAGAUGACGAUGAAACCGACGAGUCCAUUUGAUAAGGGGGGAAAUUAUAAAAUUUUAGUGCAUUCAAAUUUGAAGAGAAAAAACUCUUAAGGCCGAUGUGAAGGUGUUGAAGGUAGAAGUCUAAAUCCUAGUUUUCAAUGUAGAAAAGUAAAAUGAUUUAAAAUU